AUGUCAGCAGCCGCAGCGGCGGCGACGCGAGCGGCAGCGGCUGGGGCCCCGCGGUAGCCGCCAGCGCGGCACGGCGGGCGCGCACGGCGCGAGCCCGCGGCCACCUCGCCGCCUCCGGGGCGCCGCGGGCGGUUCUGCGCGCCGCGGCGCUCGGACUCGAGGCCAGCCCCGUGCGGCCGCGCACAAAGGACGGCGGACCCCGGGCUCCGGGGGCUGCGCCCAGGGGCCGGCCGGGACACGGCCAGCCGCGCCGCGCCCGCUGCACGCCGGCCCGCGCCAGGCGGCCGGAGCCCGAGCCGGAGCGGGCCCCGCCAUAUGACAGCGGCGAAGCAGCGGCCGGCGAGCGCGCGUGCUGCCCACUCGGCUGCGCCACGGCCGCCGGCGCCGGGGGUGGCCCGCGCCGCGCCCCGCUGAGGGCUCGUCCGUCGCCGCCGCCCCGCGCCCCCCGCGCCCCGGCUGGCGGGCUCCGCGGGCAGGAGCCGAGGGGAGCGCCCCGCCGGCGCCGAGCCUAAAAUGGCCACGCUGCUCCGCAAAAUCGGGCUCAUCCGCCUGCACAACCGGGACACCGAGGACCCCAAGCACCACCACAACCACCGCGGCGGCGGCGGCCCGCAGAGCGCGUCGCUGCGCGGCAAGGGCGGCGCCAAGAGCGGCGGCCACAAGCAGCCCCAGCAGCACCCCCCCGGCGGCGCGGGCGACGCGAGCCCGGGGCCCGGCAAGGGCAAGGGCAAGCGCGCGGCGGAGCCGGCCCCGCGCGACAAGCCGCCGCCGCCGGCCGCGGGCGCGGCGGGGGCGGCGGGCGCCGGGGGCCCCCGGGAGCGGGCGGCGGGCGCCAGGGCGGGGCCGGGGCCGGCGGCGGCGGCGGCGGCGGCGGCGGCGGGGGGCGGCAGCCUGGUGCCCGCGGCGCGCCAGCAGCACUGCACGCAGGUGCGCAGCCGGCGGCUCAUGAAGGAGCUGCAGGACAUCGCGCGCCUCAGCGACCGCUUCAUCUCCGUGGAGCUGGUGGACGAGAGCCUCUUCGACUGGAACGUGAAGCUGCACCAGGUGGACAAGGACUCGGUGCUGUGGCAGGACAUGAAGGAGACCAACACCGAGUUCAUCCUGCUCAACCUCACCUUCCCCGACAACUUCCCCUUCUCGCCGCCCUUCAUGCGGGUGCUCAGCCCGCGCCUGGAGAACGGCUACGUGCUGGACGGCGGCGCCAUCUGCAUGGAGCUGCUCACGCCGCGCGGCUGGUCCAGCGCCUACACCGUGGAGGCCGUCAUGCGCCAGUUCGCCGCCAGCCUGGUCAAGGGCCAGGGGCGGAUCUGUAGAAAGGCCGGCAAAUCAAAAAAGUCCUUCAGCCGCAAGGAAGCCGAAGCUACCUUUAAGAGUUUGGUGAAGACGCAUGAAAAGUACGGCUGGGUCACCCCGCCCGUGUCCGAUGGCUGAUGUGUUCGACGUGUGGGAGACGCUCCAGCCACCUGUCCACACACACGAGUUCCCGACAUCUCCUCCUCAACGCCGAGCAUCCUCACCCUUUUCAACUCCAGCCGGAACUGAAUCCUGAAUGCCAAGGAGACGUUUAAGUUAUUUAUGAACAGAUGUGUUUACAGGGAGAACGAGGGAGCCAACACUGUUCGGGAUUAGGUUUCGACUGUAAAUGAGCGGCCAUCUCGAAGUCACUUUAGAACCGGUGUUGAGAUGGUGACAUUCCCCAGCCCGCCUGCCCCUCCGCCCGCCUCCUCACACUGCCCUUGGCUUCUUCCCAGACCACAGCUCCAAAGAGCAGGCAGGAGCCCCAGGGCCUGCUGCUCGACCCACUUACUGUGCACGGCACGUUCCCGUGUACUAGGAACGCCCUGCAUCGCUGUGCCGUUUGUCUCUGUUUCUCUCCCGGGCAGGUCGACAUAACCUGGAGACGUGUCUUUCUGUGGCCCCGUGUGACGACAUGUAGACCUCAUUCGUGCUAUGACCUUCAGCUCCUGAAAACACAAAUUUCACAUUGCCAGGUUCUCGUGAUUUAGAACAGCAACUGCCCCCUUCGUGAAAAUGUGCUCCGUCCGCCGGCGUGGCAGCGAGCCGCUGUCCCCCCGCAAGGCAGGGCCCGGGGACGGACAGCAGGGGCUCCGCGGUGGGACAGCCUCCUCGGUAUUCUGGAACGCUCCCACGACACCGCAUCCGUGUUCCUGUCUCCUCCCAGCUGGUCAACCCACCACCACGAGCAAGAGACAAUUUCCCGUUCCCUGAAGUCAUCGGACACAUUUUACUCUCCAUGCUAGUGACAGGGAAUGCCAGGACUGCCAAAGGACACCAAGGGAUGGUCCGAGGACUUGCAUGACCGGGUCUGUUCCUCACCCUCCUGUCACUUGUGUGCCCUGGGGGCUGGGCUGCGUGAUGCGUGAGCACCCUCGCCGUGAUAGCAACUUCCCGUUACUCCAUCGCCCACACUUUCAUUUUUCUCCUCUGUUAAGUUACUUAGAACUUUCUAAGAAACUCCAUGAAGUGAGGAAACACUGUUUAUAACAAUACAUGGGAAGAGGUAAAAUGUUCAUCCCAGGUGGAAAACCUUAUUGGACGCAUUUUAAAUAAAAUCAUCCAUACCUGA